AUGGAACAAGAGCAUACAAACGAUGGUACCCACAUCUGUGCCAACUUGCAAGCGAAAGCAGGGAGUUCCCAAGGUGAAGAAAAACAGUUCAUUGUGGAUAACUGCACUGUAGCACUUGAAGCACAAGUUGAGAAAUGCAGCAGCAUUCCAGGCUCCAAAUCUGAAAUGUACAGCACAAAGCGGCCAAUGUGUUUUCUCAAACUUGAGUAUGUACAGUCACAACCUCAUACCUGCAAUACCCUACCCAGGGAUCGGUUCUCACCAAUGAGCGAUUACUCCCACUUACCUACAAACUUGGGUAUUUGGGAUGACACAGGCACCUGGGCCUACCAGGAGGGACCAGAAAGAUGUUCAGGGUCCUCUUACUCCUGGCCCAAGGACAGUGUGGAAGUCUCCUCCCAGUGGAGACCUAAAUCCUCAAACACCGAAGUCUCCUCCCAGUGGAGACCUAAAUCCUCAAACACCGAAUGUACUCUUUUUCACCUAGAGGAUGUAAACCCACAGGCUUGGCUUUCCCGGUCUCUUGGACCUCCAUUUGGGCCAAGGGAAGGAGAGCACAGCAUUCCAGGUCUUAGACGGACUUACAAAUUUCAGUUGAGCCUGUAUUCAGGGUCUCAGAUGCAGAGCCCCAUGGAGGAGUUUUACCCUUUCUGCCUGGGGACUUACAAGAGAUUUCCAAGAACUGGGGCUACACUUCUGCUCCUUGUCAGGUGUUUGCCUAGCACUAACUGCUUUUCUACAAUGAAGAAGCGAGCACACAUGAAUGGAGAUGUGAUGAUUGCUGGGUUUUUCCCCCUCUACACUUUAGGAACAGAUCUCAGUAGCAGUGAUGUUUCUGGACAAGAAGAGAAUAAGCCGUUUACCUUCAAGAACUACCAGUGUGUUUUGGCCUUGGCUUUUGCUAUAGAAGAGAUCAACAAAAACCCUGAUCUUUUACAUAGCUUAACUCUGGGAUUUAGUAUCUAUGAUGUUCAAUAUGGAUCAAGGACAUCAUUUAAAAAUCCUUUUGUUUGCCUUUUUGGGAAAUAUGACUUCCCAAACUAUAAUUGUAUGAGAGACAACCCGUCUAUAGCAGUACUUACAGGACCUUCAGGAGCAUUAUCUUCACAGAUUGGGACACUGCUGGACCUCUAUAAUUUUCCACAGCUUACUUCUGGGCCUUUCGAUCAUGCUCUGAGUGACAAUAAGAUGUUUCCUGGUCUCUAUCAAAUUGCUCCAAAGGACACUUCAAUAGCCAAUGCCAUGGUUUUAUUACUACUUCACUUCAGCUGGAAUUGGGUGGGACUGAUAACCAUACAAGAUGAGAAUGGUUUGUGGAUUCUUCCUGCAUUGAAAGAAGAGAUGGGCAAGAACAGAGUUUGUGUAGCCUUUGAGCUAUCAUUACCAAAUAAUUCCAUGUCGCAUAUUUUCAAAAUUAUGGUACAUUAUAACCAGAUAAAUAAAUCUUCAGCAAAUAUCUUCAUUGUGUAUGCUGAUAAUGAGUUCCUACGACAUUUAUUUAUAUGUGUUGAACAAUUUUUAAUACAAGGCAAAGUUUUUAUUAUGAACUCAGAGUGGGAUGUAACCAUGAGAAAGAGAUAUUUCAUUCUAGGUUCAUUCCUUGUACCUCUCGUUUUCUCACACCAUCACCCAGAUGUUUCUGGAUUUACAGAUUUUCUCAAAUCAGUUAACCCGUGCAAAUACCCAGAAGACUUUUUUCUUGCUAGGUUAUGGUUUCUCUCUUUUAAUUGCUCAGAUUCUGUGUCUGACUGUGUACAGUGGGAGAACUGUCCUCAUGAUGCCUCCUUGGAUUGGUUGCCUAGGCAUAUAUUUGACAUGAGUCUGUCUGGAGACAGUUACAAUAUAUACAAUGCUGUGUAUGCUGUGGCCCAGGCUCUCCAUGAUAUGCUGCUUUAUCAAACAGAAACACAAACAAUGGGAAAUAGAAAUGGGAUAAUGUCUUCCCCUGCACAGCUGCAUCGUUUUCUGAAGAACAUCCAGUUUCACAAUCCUGCUGGAGAGCAAGUGAUUUUAGAUGAGAAAAAGAAAUUGGGGGCAGAGUAUGAUAUUGUGAACUUUUGGAAUUUUCCCGAAGGUCUUCAACUUGAAAUGAAAGUAGGAAAAUUUUCUCCAUAUACUCUUAAUGGUCAUCAACUGACUUUAUCUGAAGAUCUAGUAGACUGGACCAUAGGAACUACAGAGCCUCCUCACUCUGUCUGCAGUGAAAGUUGUGUUCCAGGAUUCCGGAAAACCCCUCAGGAGGAAAAGGCUGCUUGUUGCUAUGAUUGUACCCCUUGCUCAGAGAAUGAGAUAGCUAAUGGGACAGAUGUGGAGCAUUGUAUGAAGUGCCCAGAUCAUCAGUAUGCCAACACAGAGAGAAACCAGUGCCUCCAAAGAGCUGUAAGUUUCCUGGCUUAUGAAGAGCCCUUGGGGAUUGCCUUGGCCUGCAUGGCUCUAUGUUUAUGUACACUCACAGCAAUUGUUCUUGGAGUCUUUGUGAAACAUCAGAACACUCCCGUUGUUAAAGCUAAUAACCAAGUUCUCAGCUAUAUCUUGCUCAUCUCCCUCUUCUUCUGUUUUCUCUGUUCCUUGCUCUUUAUUGGCCGUCCAAACACAGCCACCUGCAUUCUACAGCAAACCACAUUUGGAGUUGUCUUCACAGUAGCUGUUUCUGCUGUCUUAGCCAAAACUGCAACUGUGGUUCUGGCCUUCAAGGUCACUUAUCCAGGGAGAAGAAUGAGGUGGUUACUGCUCUCAGGGGUUCCUAACUUCAUCAUUCCCAUCUGUACUCUGAUUCAGGUGACCUUCUGUGUACUUUGACUGGGGACUUCACCUCCCUUCAUUGACACAGAUGUACACUCUGAACACGGCCACAUUAUCAUCCUGUGUAACAAGGGCUCCCUCACUGCUUUCUACUGUGUCUUAGGAUACCUGUUUUUUCUGGCCUUGGCCAGCUUCAUUGGGGCUUUCCUGGCCAGGAACCUUCCUGACACAUUCAAUGAAGCCAAGUUCCUGACCUUCAGCAUGCUGGUGUUCUGUAGUAUCUGGUUCACUUUCCUGCCUGUCUACCACAGUGCCAAAGGAAAAGUCAUGGUGGCUACGGAGGUUUUCUCCAUCUUGGCUUCCAGUGCAGGGCUGCUGGGCUGCAUUUUUGCUCCCAAGUGCUACAUCAUAUUGUUAAGGCCAGAUAGAAAUUGUCUGCAUGGUUUUCGGGACAAAACAUGUGCCAGUGGAAAUAAACCCUCAAGAUGA